CAAAAUAUGUUUACAAUUUUCAAUGUUACAAUGAAUUAAAGAAUUAAUUUGUAUUAACUUAGGUAAAGCUAAAUAGCAAAUACUUAGUACUGUGUCUACUGUUUUGUCUAUACCGUCCGUGACAUAAGACAUUAAUGCAUUACUUAAGUCACAGUUUAUUGGUUACGUGAAUAAAUUCAAUAAUUUAAUUAUUUACACUUAAAGAUUUGAUGUACGUUGCACUAUUACAGAACUAAUUUAUUAUGACAAAUGAAAACUAUUGAAUUUUCUCAUACGUUAUGUCAUAUAUAAACAAAAAAUUAAAUAGUAAAAUCAUGUCGGACGAUGAAUCUGUAUCUGAUAGUGAUUAUUUAACAUCUGUUUUGAGUAUAGUAAACGGUUACUGUAAAAUGAAUUUAGUUGUACCACAGACUAGUUUAUUUUACUCUAGCGAUAGUUUAUUGCCAAUAAAUGCCAAAGUAAACAAUACUACACUUAAUAAUAGAAGUCAUAAUAGUCUAGUGAUUAAUUCACCUGAUAGCUUGACAAAUAUAUUAAAAAAUAUUGAUUUAAAAGCUGAUAAAAAUAUAGAUGACAAGAGAUUUCAUUCACCUAAUAAACCAUAUGUUGACGAGUUUCAAGUGUAUUCAAAACCAUCUUAUUCAGACAAUAGCAAUCGUUUAGAAAAUACAGAGGAAAAUAAAAAUGAAUCACCUAAAGGUAAAAAAAAGAAAAAUAAAUAUAAUAAAAGUUCUAUGUCAGACAAUCAGACUUUAGUAUCUUCUACACAUACAGAUCAGAAUUCUUCAAAUGAAUAUUUUAAUCAGUUUGAAAGUGAAGCAUUGGAUGAUGGACAUAUGAAGCAAGAACAAGAACUGCGAAAAAAACAAAUGAAAAAUAUCAAAAAUAGUAUUAGUAAUAAUGGUUAUCAAACAAGAUCUCGAGCAUCAUCCUCACAACAAAAUCCUGAAAAUGAAAUUACAAAUGAAAAUGUACCACAACAAUCUCAAUGUCCUCUGUGUUUUGUACUAUAUCCUACACCAGAUAUUGAGGCUCAUGCGUCAGAAUGCAGUAUUUAAGUAUCAUUGCACUAUUGUAUUUAAGGGAUUAUUAUUAAAUUAAAGUUAUCUAAUAUCUUUA